CUUUUUACGAAACAAUGACAACCCCUUUCAAAGUGUAAACAAAACAUGGCGGACGAAAGUAUGGAGGUGGAUGUUAGACUUAGUUAUUAUAAAUUGUUAAUUGGAUUAAAGACAACGGUAGAAGGUCUAUUAGCUAUACCUAGUAUAAAUGUAUGGAACAAGUAUGGUGGUUUAAAUAGAGUGUUUGAAAAAGUAGAAGAUAUUUUAUAUCACAGAAUGAAACCCUCGGAGGAUAGUAAAACUUCAAAGAGCAGCUAUUGGAAUUUUGUGCAAGAAUUAAAAUGGUUAAAUCCGGUGUUAAGACCAAUGAUAGAAUUUAUAAUUCGAUCUUCAGACAGUCCGGAUGAUUGUGAUAGGAGUUGUCAUUGGUUACGUCACAGUCUACAAGAUCAUAGUCUAGCUACACAAUUACAGAUACUAGUAGAAAAUAAACAACAUUUAUACAAAUAUUAUUAUGAAGAUGGAUUUUUAUGUCAAGAAGAAUAUUUCAAGGCUAUGUUAAUAUGUUUGAAAUCAGUCGAAUUAAACAAAGUUGCCUUAUUAACAGAUAUAUCACCUAAUUUGCUAUCAUUUAGUCAACCCAAGAAAAAAAGUCACAUUCGAAGUGCUUCCCUACCUACUAAUCAUAUUCAAGGUCACAUAAAUCUGGAGGAAGAAAACAAAAUGCUUGAUCAUGCUGGUCUUAUGGCGCUGGCGCCACCAUUUGCAUCCCCUCCAAAAGAAAGUAUAUUAAGAUUGUCUGGAGAAUAUGCCUUGCCAACAGUUGUAUCAUUGUCUUCCAGUCCAGAAGAGGCUAGAGAAACAGCAAAAACAGCGUUAAGAACUGUUUUGAGGAAAUCAGGUGGAGAUUCGCCCACAUGUACAUCACCCUCAUCAUUUAGUUUUUACGAUAAACAAUAUAGUGACCCGUUAUUAAGUAUAGAAUUUCCACCUACACCAAAAUAUAUAGAUGAUUCUGUUUUUACGUAUAAUAGUAAUAUCAACCAUCAGGACUCAUCAGUGCUACCCGCUAAACGUCGUUUUUCAGAAGAUUUCAAACAACGAACCUGUUCCUCAGAAACUGUUGAAAGCUUUCUUACUAAGUCGGUGCUAGAUAACAAAAAUGUUCUUGCGACACCAGUGAAUAACUUAAAUAAUUCAGGAAAAUUUUCCAGACCAUCAUCCCUAAAAUCAUCUCAUAAAAGGUCAAGGUCAGAUUUGAGCGGUAUUGACAUGAAAAGUCAUUCAGUCGUUUCAUUGGUAGAUAAUUCUGAUCAGGAAAACCAAUCAGAUUCAACAUUAGUAGAUUCUUCAGGCCUUGUGAAAUCAAAUCAGCCGAUUUAUGCAGGUAGAGUAGAUGGCAGAUUACAGCCACCAGCUCAGGGACAGUCAUUGAUGAGUUAUCUUUCUUCACAAGAUUUUCAUACGUGUGCCAAUUUAGAUAAGGAAAAUGCUCACUUUAGUAUAUCAGAAGCUUUAAUAGCUGCUAUAGAACAGAUGAAAUGGAAUCAUGUUAUACGGCCAUCAAAAGAUUCUGAUAUAGAAGAAGAAUCGGAUGAAGAGAUACAACAAUUACGACAAAGAAUCAGAAUACGUCGUAGAGAGAGACUGUCAGAGAAAGCUCGAGGUUUUCCUGCUUUUAGCGAUGGUCGCACAGACACAACACCAAGUGCCAGUACAUCACCAUUUAGUUCACCUUAUGAAUAUUCUAGUCAUUCAGAUAGUUCCGAUUCAGGGGAUGAUAUUGAUGAUGAAGAAAUUGAAUUAUCAAUGUCCCAUCGUGGUGCAGGAAGAGGAAAUUUAACAUCUUUGUCUACAAGUGGUCUUUCCUUAUCUAUGGCUUCCUUGUAUUCAGAUGCAGACCUUCAUAGGAGUACAAGUUCUACAGAGAAACAAAAUUCUAUUCAGGAAGGUUCUUACUUAUCAGCUGAGUCUGUUGCCAUUUCUCUUAUCAAAAAAUUCUCUGAAAAGAAGUUGCCUAAAGCUUCUGAUUUAGAAUGGUUAGUGUCUGAACAAGAUGCUCCACAAGCUUUACUUCCUUUACCAAAGUCGUACCCUGUAUCACCGGAUGAUGGGGAAAAUUCAGACCUUCUUUCUACAAAUAUACAGACUAGGUUGAGAGGUAAUCUAGAAUGGGCACCACCUAGAGCACAAAUCAUCUUUAAUAUUCACCCACCACCUAAAAGACGUGUUAUAUUAGCGAAACAGAAUUAUAGAUGUGCUGGUUGUGGUACAAAAGUUGAAUUGGAUUAUGUGAAACGAUUUAGAUAUUGUGAAUAUCUAGGAAAAUUCUUCUGUCAGUGUUGUCAUAGCAACUCAUUAGAAUAUAUACCAGGAAGAAUUAUUCGAAAGUGGGACUUCAUCAAAUAUCGAGUUUCAAACUUUGCCAGAGAUGUUUUAACAAAGAUUUAUUCUGAUCCCUUAUUUGAUAUAACUGUCAUCAACCCAACUUUAUAUCGUAAAACAAGAAACCUAGAAACUAUUCGUGAUUUUCGAAAGCAGCUAUACCAUCUUCGGACAUUUCUUAAAGUGUGUAAAGAUGGAGCAAGUCUAUUAGCGGAUAUAGAAAAAUUACCACGUCAUUGGAUAGAAGAUAACAGUAUUUAUUCUCUGGAAGAUCUUAUUAAUGUUAAGAAUGGUUCUAUGUUAAACCAGUUAAAGAAUAAUGUAUCUAAUAGUCUUAGUCAUAUAGAUCAUUGUCAGUUCUGUCAAGGAAUAGGUUUUGCCAGGGAAUGGGAUUUAUCUGUGAAAUGUGUCAUAAGGUGGACAUCAUCUUCCCUUUUCAACUUCAUAAAGUUAUACUUUGCGCUGAUUGUUGCUCUUGUUAUCAUAAAGCUUGUUUUGUACCCAACAAAUGUCCAAAAUGUGCCAGAAUUGAAGCUAGGCGCCUUCGUUUACAAGAAACAAUGAUAGACGAAGAUGAAUCUUCAGAAGAUGUUGAUACAAAUAAAACAGUUGCCCAAACACAUUGAUAAUACUCUAAAGCAAUACAGGAAAAUAAAAUACUAUGUAAAUUGCUUCAAGAUAUUGAGUGAAUUUGUUAGCAAGAUUUUUGCAUGCAAAUAAAUUAUGCCUUGUCUUUCAAAAGAUGAUUGUGUGCCUAUAAAAAGAAACCUUCCUAUUCUCCCAUUUACAGGGUAAAUCAAGAUUGUGAGGACAGUGCAGUGGCAUAUAGAGUUUUGUUUUAAAGUUAUUACAUGUUCAUACAUUAUGUCCUAAAUGGUCCUAAUGGUUUAAAGAUAUAACCUAUGGAACCAGUCUUUUGACUGUGCAAGAUGUUGGGUUAUCUGCUUAACUGCAUGUGUUUUUUUUACAAUUUCUUGCCUCUGCUAAUUAGACCUAUGUGCAUUCAAUUAGUGAAAUAUAUGCAGAUAUUUUCAAUGCUAGUCCAGAUGCUUAUCACCAUUUUUCUCUUAGCUAACAUCAAUUACUUAACUAUCAAUAUUUUAUUUGAACAAGUCUAUUAUCCCCCAGUUCACUACAAUUAUGCAACUUAUUCUUUACUUCAUAAUAACACAACUUCAUGGAUUUACUACUUCUUAGUUUAUUACAUGCAACGUUUCAAUACUCUUACAGGUAUCUUUAUCAAGAAAUGAUCAAUAAUGAAUAACAACCUACAUUUAUAGUACAUCCAUGAGUAAGACAGAAAAAACAUAACAUUAAUUAAGAGUUAUAACAACAACAUUUCCCUUUGAAAUUAUUAUUCUUUACUUCAUUGAAGUGACCUUUAAGUUUGGUUUGGUUAAAUCUACUGCAUGAUCUAUUUAAGUAUUUCAUACAUUCUGAUGAAUUAUGGAAGACUUUUCACCCAAUGGCUGCUAAAUUUAUAUUUUAACACUGUUUUCUACUGUACCUUAAUUUUCGUCAACUGUUUUUCGUAUUUGUUCAGUUGUUUAUUAAGGAUCAGUGCAUGCAACGAUUUUGUUUGUUUGUUUUUUUUUAAAUCAUAAAUCAUUAUUUCACUGAUGUAAUGGCUAAAAAAAGGUCUUGCAUGACCUAGUUUUAUUUAUGUAUUUUCUUAAUGCUGUAAUUAGUCACUAUGGCCAAGAUUUGGGUGGCAGUACAAAUUAAAUUGUGGGUCACUGGAUGAUAUUAAGAAUAUCAUUUUUGAAUGAUAUUUAAUUCAAGGGAAGACCAGUGAGAAUUCUAUAUAUUUGCCUAAGGAAUUUUGUGUAUGAAUAGAAAUAAUUGUAUCCUAUUGUUAAAGGUUUAGUAAGGUAUGUCAAUAUAAAUGCAAUAAAAUUAUAUAACAUACUGGUAGGUUGAAAUUCAGUUUUAAACUAAGAAAUGAAUGUCAUGGCUGUGCAAUUUUGUUGUGAUUUGUUUUAAUUGUUUGAAUAUUCAACAAAAUUAAAAUAUUGAUUGUGUCAUGUCAGUAUUUUUUUUAAAAAAAGGCAUUAACAGACUAAAAUUACAUUAGAAUUAUAUAAAACAAAAUAUCUUGACUUAGUGUAAUUGGUCAAUUUUUAGGGAUUGUGUUAAAUUACAUGUAUGUAACUAAAGAAAAUUAUUAAUUUGUGUAAUCUCUGUCUUUAUUAUACAUGUGUAUUGGAUUAAUAAACAAAAAGUAGCUCUACACAAUUUUUGACAAGUAUAAAUUUAUUUUAAUUUACGGUCAUUGUGUGAUAAAAUGGCUUAAAAUAUCAUGACAAGAAAGUUAUUUUUGUUACAUUUGUAUAGAUUUCAUUUAAUAUAAUGUAAUUAUAUAAUUUGUUAUGUUUUUUUUGUUGAAUUGUAUAAUUUUGUAUAGCUGUCAAUAAUUUAUUAAUUUAUUUGUUAGGAAACCGUAUGCAUGCAUUAUUAUUGUUAUUAAUUCAUCUGUGAUAUACAUUGUACAAAACAUACAUCAUAUUAUCAUAUUUUUGUAAGCAUUGUUUGAUCAUACUUUUGUAAGCAAUAAAAGAAUAAACCGAUAUCAACAUU